GAUCUGACUCGGAGUAACAGGCCAACGGCCAUUGCAGAUAGGCCAUGGAAGCUGUAACAAUAACCUCACCGCCUCUCUCUCUGCACCAUCACUCUUUCCCGCCAAACAUUUGGUUCACCGCCACCAACUGCAAUAACUGUAAGAACCACCAAACUUUCAAGAUGAAAGCUUUAACACGACGGCAACAAAAGACUCCGACUUUUGCCGAAAACGACGCGUUUCCGGACUCUUUACCACUCCAUACCAAGAACCCACAUGCCAUUUACAAGGACAUACAGAGCUUCGCAAGGCGCAACAAGCUCAAGGAGGCCCUGAGCAUCUUGGACUACUUAGACCAACAGGGCAUCCCAGUUAACGCCACCACAUUCUCUUCCCUUAUCGCCGCUUGCGUCCGUACAAGGUCUGAAGAUCAUGGAAAGCAAAUCCACACGCAUAUACGGAUUAACGGGCUCGAAAGCAACGAUUUUAUACGUACGAAGUUGGUCCAUAUGUACACUAGUUUUGGUUCGGUGGAACAUGCACAACAGCUGUUCGAUGAAAGCUCUAGCAAGAGUGUGUACUCGUGGAAUGCCUUGCUUAGAGGCACUGUCAUUUCGGGUGGGAGGCGAUACCGGGAUGUUCUUCGUACUUAUACGGAGAUGAGGGCCUUAGGGCUCGAGUUGAAUGUGUAUUCUUUCUCUAGUGUAAUGAAGAGCUUUGCGGGUGCUUCGGCGCUUUCACAAGGUUUAAAGACGCAUGCCCUUUUGGUUAAGAAUGGUUUUAUUGAUAGCUCAAUUGUUCGGACGAGUUUGGUUGAUUUGUACUUUAAAUGUGGCAAGAUUAAGCUUGCCUACCGCGUUUUUGAAGAAUUCGGUGAACGAGAUGUUGUUGUAUGGGGAACCAUGAUUGCAGGUUUUGCGCAUAAUAGGCGGCAAAGGGAAGCUCUGGAGUAUGCUAGGAUGAUGGUAGAUGAAGGAAUAAGGCCGAAUUCGGUUAUAUUGACUAGUAUUCUUCCUGUGAUUGGAGAUGUUGGGGCUCGAAAACUAGGGCAGGAGGUUCAUGCUUUUGUGCUGAAGACAAAGAGUUAUUCGAAGCAGAUUUUCAUUCAAUCUGGCUUGAUAGAUAUGUAUUGCAAGUGUGGAGACAUGGAUAUGGGGAGGCGGGUUUUUUAUCACUCAAAGGAGAGGAAUGCAAUUUGUUGGACUGCUUUGAUGUCGGGUUAUGUUGCAAAUGGGAGGCCUGAGCAAGCAUUGCGAUCGGUGAUUUGGAUGCAGCAGGAAGGGUUUAAGCCUGAUUUGGUCACGGUUGCCACCGUCCUUCCAGUUUGUGCAGAGUUGAAGGAUUUGAAACGAGGGAAGGAGAUUCAUGCUUAUGCUGUCAAGAAUUGUUUCUUGCCCAAUGUAUCUAUAAUUUCUUCCUUAAUGGUAAUGUACUCAAAAUGUGGAAUCUUUAAGUACUCUAGAAGACUGUUUGAUGGGAUGGAGCAGAGAAAUGUCAUUCUCUGGACAGCCAUGAUUGAUUCCUAUAUUGACAACGGGUGCCUAUAUGAGGCACUUGGUGUGAUAAGGUCAAUGCUCUUAUCAAAGCACAGGCCAGAUUCGGUUGCAACGGCAAGGAUUUUGACUAUUUGCAAUGGACUGAAGAAUUUGAAGCUUGGGAAGGAAAUCCAUGGACAAGUUUUGAAGAAGGAUUUUGAGUCCAUCCCUUUCGUUGCAUCUGAAAUAGUGAAAAUGUAUGGGCACUGUGGAGCAGUUGAUCAUGCAAAGUCAGCUUUCAAUAUAAUCCCUGUCAAGGGUUCAAUGACAUGGACUGCAAUUAUAGAGGCUUAUGCCUACAAUGGCAUGUAUCGGGAUGCUAUCGAUCUUUUCGAUGAGAUGAGAUCUAAAGACUUCACUCCAAACCAUUUCACUUUCCAAGUGGUUCUAUCUAUCUGCGACCGGGCUGGAUUUGUCAAUGAUGCUAGCCGUAUCUUCCAUUUGAUGUCUCGUGUAUAUAAAGUGAAGGUUUCUGAAGAGCAAUAUUCUCUGAUCAUUGGACUUCUUACUCGUUUUGGUCGCGUUAAGGAGGCUCAAAGAUUUUUACAGUUGAGUUCGUCUCUGUAGUAACAAGGAUAAUUGAACCUUCCUUCUUUCAUGUGUAAAUUUAUUCAGCUCCUGAAAUGAAACUUCUUUGUGAUCAUCAGUUUUUCUUUUCUGCUAUUUCACAAGUGUAUAGAGACCCAUUUGUAUCUUCAUGUAUCCUAGCAUUUCUGUUUUAUCAGGAUUUCUUUGACAUCGCGGAUGAGAAAAAUAGGUGAUCAGUAAUUUUUUUCCA